AGGAAGAGGAAAAAAAGGGAGCAUGUUACACACUUGUCAGUCCAUCAUUGGGUACUAGAGUUCAAAGUUGUGUGCAAUCUAAUCUGAAGAAUCCCAUUGAUGGGGCGAAGCACUCCUGUCUUUCUGCGAUCCCUACUUUUUAAGGAAACCCCUCUUUGCAGAUUCAUUCUUAUAAUUAUAUAAAAAAGAUCCUAUCUUCUCUCUCUUUUUGGCGCGAAAGCGGAAAAUGAGAGUUGGUAGCAGGAGUGAUUUAGGAGGGGGAGAGAGAGGGAGCCUGAUUGAGGUAUCGCCGGCAGAUAAUAAUCGGCCGGCCAUGGGAGAGGAGAGGGAGGGAGAAGAAGAGCUGUUGGUGCCACCGCUGAAUUUUGCGAUGGUGGAUAAUGGAAUAUUUAGGUCGGGUUUCCCUGAUUCUGCUAAUUUCAGCUUCUUGCAAUCCCUAGGUCUACGUUCCAUUCUAUAUUUGUGCCCAGAACCAUAUCCAGAAGCAAAUUAUGAGUUCUUGAAGGAUAAUGGAAUUCGGCUUUUUCAGUUUGGGAUUGAAAUGUGCAAGUUGAUGGCAAUUGAUAAUGCGGAGUGGACAGGAACCUUUUGCAAACUUUCCAGAGGAAACAAUCCACGAAGCAUUGAAAGUAAUCCUUGGUAUCUUGAAAGCUUCCAACUUUUUAGACUAGUCGUUCGCAGUUUGCUUGUUUUACAAUAUGCUCAUGCUCGUCUUUUUCCCAUACCAAAUGUAAAGAAUCACCCUGUCUUAGUUCAUUGCAAGCGAGGAAAGCAUCGUACUGGAUGUCUUGUGGGAUGUUUGAGAAAGUUGCAAAGAUGGUGCUUGUCAUCUAUAUUUGAUGAAUACCAGAGAUACGCAGCAGCCAAGGCUAGAGUGUCAGAUCAGAGGUUUAUGGAGUUGUUUGACAUUUCAAGCUUUAAGAAUUUACCAGUCCUUUUCCUCAACCAGAUCUUCUGCAAACAGAUAAUAUAUAAACCUAGCGAGGAUAAGAGUGUCUGUACGAGAUUGACGAGUGCAGAAACUGAUUCGAGUUCAAUGGUAUCGGAAGCUAGAGCAUAUCAGUAUGCCUAGUGUUCUGUUUCUUCUUCCCCCCCAUCUUAUUGUGUUAUGCUGUACCUGAUGCAAAUGUCUAAGGAAAUUGGACCUGAAACCCAGUAUCUUUACAUGGUUCUCACUGUCCUAAGCAAAUUAGUACAAACUUGAAAUCCAGUAUUUUUUGAGAA